AUGAGCUUACCACGCUCACCGCCUGGAGGUGGCAUGUGUGCGGGACGUAGCGGAUCUUUUCCGAAUUUGUCUGAGUCACAUAAAGAAGCCAAAUCGCAAAUCACUUUACGUAAUAAACGAAAAUUACCCGACGAUAAUGAAGUGACCAAGUCUGAUAUUGCUGAAAUAAAAAGGCAGAUGUCUGAAAUGCUAGACUUAUUAAAAUCGUCCAAGAGUGAACAAACCGAAAGUAUAAAUAAGCUCUCGGUAAAUGUUGCUGCGAUAAAAGCUGACGUCGCUAAUAUUAGCAGUACCAUGCAAAAUAUUAUCUUGGAAAAUAAAAAAAUUAAAGACCAACUCUCAAAAUUAUCUGUUGCUGCCGAAAAUACAGAAAAGAAAGUGAGGCUUCUUGAAUCUGAUGUCUAUAUAUUAAAAAAUAUGCCUCCUUCAUCUUCUAUCCAAACAACUGCCACACAAAAUGAAAUCUUCACCGAAAUCGAGGAACGAAACCUCCGAGCCAAAAAUAUCAUAGUUGCUGGAAUUCCUGAAUCCCGGAAUUAUACUACAACAAGUCGGCAAGAUUACGAUAAGGCAGAAAUACUGCGAAUUACUGAAAUGAUUCAUAACGCUUGCCCUCAACCUACUAGAAUAUUUCGUCUUGGAAAGUAUAAAUCGGAGAAAAAUCGUGCAAUAAAAGUAUGUUUCCCAUCUGAAGACACAGCAAAAAACAUACUACGUAAUAGGAAUAAGAUUGACAAGGAACAUAUCAAGAUAUAUUCGGAUCAAACUCCAUACCAACGGAAAUACCUUCAAAAUUUAAAAGAAGAGCUACAGCAACGUACCUCAAAUGGAGAAAGCGGUCUUAACAUCAAAUAUAUCAAGGGCACCCCAAAAUAG